AUGAAGCCCUCUCCGGCGGCUUCCUUGCUAUCCGUAUCUCUGCUAUCUCUGACGUCGUGUCACGCCCAGCUGCUCCAGAAGCGCGCUCUCGCCGCGCCGCCCUCACUGGACAAUGGCUGGACAUAUCAAGGAUGCUUCAUCGAUGUUGGACGAACAAUUGGCGCAGCGUCCAUCACGGAUGAUGACAUGACAAACCAGGAGUGCGCUGAUUAUUGCUUUGAGCAUGACUUCCCAUACGCCGGAACAGAGUAUUACACUCAAUGCUACUGCGGCUCCAGCCUGGCGACUGGAGGUGUAAACACCACUGCCACGGACUGCAGCACUCCAUGCGGCGGCAACUCAACCGAGGCGUGUGGUGGCCCUAAUCGUCUUACUCUGUAUAAGACAACUCAAAUCACAGGUCCUCAGGUCAACCCGGGCCCCGACGGAUGGGCGUCCAAGGGAUGCUAUUCCGAGGGCACCACCGGCCGCGCUCUGACGUUUGGCUAUAACGGAGUUCCCAGUGCCCAGAUGACGGUAGCGGGCUGCACAGCAGGGUGCAAGGCUGCUGGAUAUACCUUUGCCGGCGUCGAGUAUGGCGGAGAGUGCUACUGCGGCAAGUCAAUCUCUAAUGGCGCGUUACCGGCGACAAGCGGCUGCACAAUGACUUGCAACGGCAACAGUACCGAGUACUGCGGAGGUCCCGGCCACCUCAACAUUUACAGCUUCGGCACCACCAGCUCUGCGACUGGCACUGGCACUGGCACCUCCUCUGCAGUUCAGCCCGCUCAAACAGGCGCCUGUCCUGGCCAGCCCGCUCUGGUGGGCAAAUACAACUGGUAUGGUUGCUAUACCGAAGGAACAAAUGGGCGGGCUCUCAGUUCCAAGACGUACGCCGAUGACGACAUGACCCUGCAGAGCUGUGCGACCUUCUGCGCUGGUUUCACGUACUUUGGCGUCGAGUACAGCCGAGAGUGCUACUGCGGCAACUCCUUUGGCACCGGGUCCAAGCUUACUGCCGCAUCCGACUGCAGCAUGACUUGCAGUGGUGAGGACUGCGACUUCUGUGGUGCCGGCAACCGCCUCUCUGUCUACUCGAUCAACGCCCCGGGCUCGGGUACGGGUACCUCGUCUGGGCCCUCCGGCCCUCCCUCCACUACCUCGGCGGCUCCGCCGCAGGGAACAGGCUUUCCGCAGGGAUGGCAGGCGUAUGGGUGCUGGGUGGACGGCGCCAAUGGCCGCAUUCUUAAUACCCAGCUCCCCGACGACGAUGACCUGACCCUCGAGUCCUGCGUGCAGUCCUGCUCCUCCCAAGGAUACACCAUUGCUGGUGCCGAGUACUCUAAGCAGUGCUUCUGCGGUAACAACAUUGUCAACGGUGGUGCCAAAGCUGCCAACCAGGCCGACUGCAAUACCCCCUGCGCCGGUGACGCCUCCGAGACUUGCGGUGGUGGCGGCAGGAUGAGCAUCAUUUCAAAGGGAGCCCCGGCCAUCGAGGCCCCUCCGGGCCCUCUCCCCACGGUUGGCAACUGGACCUACCAGGGCUGCUACGAGGACAACGUCAACCAGGAGCGCACCUUCUUCUGGCAGAACAUCUUCGCCAACACCAUGACCCCUGAGCAGUGUCUGAACCAGUGCGGCGAGUUUGGCUACAUGGCCGCCGGCCUGGAGUAUGGCCAGGAGUGCUACUGCGGUGACCCGGAGAACAUCAAGACCGCCGGUGCUACCAAGAGGCCCGAGAGCGAAUGCAACGUCCCCUGCGCGGGUAACGCCAGUGCCAUCUGCGGUGGUGGCUCUCGCCUCAGCACGUACUUUUGGACCGGAACGCCCUUUUACUCAUGGGACUUCCCAGCUGCUGGCACCGCCGCGGCUGGGUCCUAUGAGCAGCUCAUCGGCGGUGUCUGCAUCCCCUUGAUGACGACUCAGUCCAUCACCGGCAAGGUCACCUUCCUUGAGAAAUGGGGCACUGGUGAGGCCAACUCCACCGGUGCUUAUGAGCUCGACCUGUCCCUCGUCAACCAGUACCAGCUUGCCUGGCGCGAGAUGCAUGUCAAGACCGACAUCUUCUGUGCCGGUGGUGUCACCCUCCCCGACAAGGCCGGCCGACAACUUACCGUCGGAGGAUGGUCCGGCGAUUCCACCUAUGGUGUCCGCCUGUAUACCCCUGACGGCAAAGCCGGCGUCAACGGCACCAACGACUGGGAGGAGAACGUCGACAUCCUGAAGCUCCAGAACGGCCGCUGGUACCCCACUGCCAUGAACAUGGCCAACGGCUCCGUGCUCGUCAUUGGAGGCGAGACUGGCUCCAACAGCGCUGCUGUCCCGACCCUUGAGAUUCUCCCCUACACCGGCACCGCGCCGCUCUACAUGGAGUGGCUCGAGCGUACCGACCCGAACAACCUGUACCCCUUCUGCACCGUCCUGCCCUCUGGCGGUAUCUUCGUCGCUUAUUGGAACGAGGCUCGCAUCUUGGAUGAGAACACCUUUGCCACCAUCAAGACGCUGCCCAACAUGCCCGGCUCCGUCAAUGAUCCUCUGGGCGGAAGAACAUACCCCCUCGAGGGAACAGCCGUCUUGUUGCCUAUGCAUGCCCCCUUCACCGAGCCUCUCAAUGUCCUCAUCUGCGGUGGUUCCAGCGACGGUGCCGCCAAUGCCAUUGAUAACUGCGUGAGCACGUACCCCGAUGCUGAUGAGCCGACCUGGACCAUUGAGCGCAUGCCUUCUCAAAGGGUCAUGCCUUGCAUCGCUCCUCUGCCCGACGGCACUUACAUCAUCAUGAACGGAGCUCACCACGGUGUUGCUGGAUUCGGUCUUGCCACGAGCCCCAACCUGAAUGCCCUUCUCUACGACCCCGCGAAGCCCCUCGGCUACCGCAUCACCGUCAUGGCAAACACCACCGUCGCUCGUCUGUACCACUCCGAGGCCAUUACGCUGCUGGACGGCCGCGUGCUUGUCUCCGGCUCUGACCCGCAGGACGACGUUCACCCUGAGGAGUACCGCGUCGAGAGCUUUACGCCGCCUUACCUGAAGAGCGGCAAGCCUCGCCCCUCGUUCACGGUCACCAACAAGGACUGGGACUACGGCGAGUCGAUUACCGUCACGCUCGGCGGCCCUGCUCAGAACGGCGCCAUCAAGGCUUCUUUGCUAGGCGCCGUGACCAGCACCCACGGCAACUCGAUGGGAGCACGCACGCUUUUCCCUGCCAUCAGCUGCGCUGGCACCACUUGCACCAUUACCUCACCUCCUUCCAAGUACAUUGCUCCUCCUGGUUGGUACCAGCUAUACAUUUUGGAUGGAGGCAUUCCCGCCGUAGGUGUCUACGUCCGCAUCGGCGGUGACCCCGCGCAAAUCGGUAACUGGCCCAAGGGCACUGGCUUCACCACACCGGGUGUUUGA